AUGGCCGCGGCGGUCUCGGGUUUGAAGGGAUGGCAUCCCGGCGAAGUUGCCAUGCAGACGAAACUGGGCUAUGCGGACGCCAUGGCUACAUCAUGGCGAUACAUCGAGAAUGCGAUGCGAGAACAGCACCGAAUCUUCCACACUUCAAACCUGCCAUUCAUUCCCAUCACGACACUCGACGACGAAGGGCGGCCGUGGGCUUCGAUCGUUGCUGGGGCUGAUGGCGAGAUUGGCUUCGUUGAGGGCCCUGACCUCAAGACGCUCAUCGUGAACGCCAGACUUUGGCCCGGAGAGCCUCUCCUGGACACUCUCAAUCAGUGGGCUGAUAGAAAUGGUCAGAACCCGACAAGUCCGGAGAGGUACUUGACGGCAGGAAUCGGAAUUGAGUUUCCGACUCGAAGACGCAACAAGUUUGCUGGCUAUAUGGAAGAUGUGAAGCGCAAAUCGGAGUUGGAUUUUAGACUAAAGUUGAAGGUCAACCAGACCACUGGGAACUGUCCCAAGUACAUCAAUGUCCGCAAGCUCGUUGGGCACGCACAGACGAAGCCAACCAUUGCAUACGAAAAACGACACAUGACACAGUUUGAAAGGCUCCCACAGGAAGUCAUCGACUUCAUUACCGAUGCCGAUACAGUCUUUAUCGGAUCUGUGUACAGGUCUGAACCAGAAACGGCUGCCAAAUUCCCCUCACAUACCGGCAUGAAUGCGCGUGGUGGCUUGCCUGGAUUCAUUCGCGUCAGCCCGUCGGAUGGACGCACCGUCGUUCUACCUGACUACUCCGGAAACAGAUUCAUGUCAAGCCUUGGGAAUGUCGAGAAAAGCAAUCAGGUGGCACUCACCAUUGUCUCCUUUACAACUGGCGACGUCCUAUAUCUUACCGGUAGAGCAGAGAACCUCGUUGGCCCCGAUGCACUUGCGGUAAUGGUGAAGCACGCCAGCAUCACUGUAAUGAAGACGACAGGAUUCAUCUUUAUUCGAGACGCUCUUCCGGUACGACAACAAUUUGGUACCGAGGUUGAACGCAGUCCAUACAGCCCCAAAGUCAAAUACUUGGUAGAGGAACCAGAGGGCCAAGCAAAUGCCGUUGGAGCACAUAAGGCGAGGUUAACCAGUGCAACGCAGCUGUCACACGAUCUCGCAGUGUUCAGAUUCAAGGUAACCACCAGGCCCGGCAUCGAACCGAUCAAGAUACGACCCGGACAAGCCAUUGCUCUCGAUUUUAUGGACUGGAUAGGACCACCAGCGUAUCAGCACAUGGCCAACUCUGCGCCUGGGUCGGUCAACGAUGAUCGUGUACGAACAUGGACGGUCUCCAGUGCUCAUGAAGACAAAGAUGUGACGUGGUUCGACAUGACGAUGCGCGAGAUGAAGGGCGGGGCUGUUACGGGGGCAUUGUUCGAUGUCUUGAGGAGACACCCCUUGAACGAUUACGAGAGGCCGGUCACAAUCACCGAAGAUGUCAUUGCAGAAGUCGUUGGAGUCACGGGCGACUUUUUCCUUGGAGCGGACGAUGUCAACAUGCUCUGGGUUGCCGGUGGUAUCGGCAUCACGCCGUUCCUCUCCAUGUUCAGCGCACUGUCUGAUCGCAAGGCCAAAGCCAAGGGCGAUGUUGUGCUUGCGCUGUCAACCCGAGAGCCGGAACUGAUGCUCCGACUGAUCCAGACUUCUCUUCGUAAUGCUGCUUCUAAAGUCCGAAUUCGGAUCGAUCUCUUUACGAGCCAGGAGAAAGUCGAUAUGGAAGGUAUCGAUCAGAAGAGUGUACAAAUUAUACUGCACAGGGGCCGGAUAGGUCCAGACUAUUGGCCUGAGGUGGCAAGUGGCAGAGAUGUCUUGAUAUGUGGCCCAGGGGCUUUUGGUGAUGUGGCCAUGGAAGGCCUGAGAGCAGCGGGAGUGCCAGAACAAAACAUGUUACGGGAGGGAUUUUAUUGA